AUGUACAUAUUUAUGACCGUCACAGACACAAUGAAGUUCUUAGUAAUCCUCGCCUUCAUAGCCCUGGCCACAACUCGUCCGGAAGACAAUUACGACCGAUACGAAAACUUUGAUGUGGAUGAACUGGUGUCAAAUUUACGUCUUCUAAAAUUUUAUGGAGCACGUUUCAUGGGAGAAGGAAAAUGCAGUCCUGAAGGCAACUUUUAG